AUGUCGUUUGAAAAGAUUUUAUACAAAUACGAUGAGCCUCAUGGUAUUGGCGAUGUGUAUUUUAUUUGGCAAAAAAGCGCUGGUGCUUUGCUGGCUACCACGGGCACCGAUGGCUCUGUAGCGCUGUACAAUCGCCAAGGACAGCUGGUGCAACGCAUUAUACUCGCCGGACUUUGCUCAGGUUUUGCGUGGGACGCUGAGGGUGAGCUGCUGGGCAUUAUAACGAGCAGUUCGCCCAACAUAACAAUCUGGGAUUAUACUACGGAACAGAAGAUAACAGUGGAGUCGGGUCUGCGUGAAGCACUCACAUGCAUUUUGUGGUCCAAGCAACAACAGCUGCUGGCUGUGGGUACGGGCCGUGGCAAUCUAGCGAUAUACAAUCAUCGUAACGGCAAGCGUACUCCAGUGCUGGGCAAACAUAGCAAACGCAUUACUUGCGGCGCCUGGUCAGCGCAAAACCUACUCGCGCUUGGUUCGGAUGACAAGAGCUUCUCGCUGAGCAGCGAGGACGGCGAUACGGUGCGCAUUGUGCAGCUGCGUGAUGUGCCAACGGACAUGUACUUUGCCGAGAUGGUCAAUGAUGACCGCAUAGCCGGUGAUAAUGCCAUUAGCAUGAUAAUUGGCAAACGCACGCUGUUCUUGUACUAUCUGCCGGAGCCGGAGAAUCCUACAGAGCUGGGUUUCCAGAGUCGCUAUGGCUCGCUGCUGCAGCACAAAUGGUUUGGCGACGGCUAUAUAUUGUUGGGUUUCUCCAAUGGACAUGUGGUGGCCAUAUCGACACAUCCCAAAGAUGUGGGCCAGGAGCUGUGGCAGGUGAAAAAUCACAAGGAUACACUUACAGGUCUGGCCUAUUGCCCCAUGUUGGAUAUUGUAGCCUCCUGUGGCGAUGAUAGCAUUAAGAUACAUUCCAUUACUAACCUGCAAGAGACGGAGCGCAUUAUUACGGUGCCGGAUCAUGCUAGCGUACAGAUGAUUGAUUGGUCACCCGAUGGUCAACUUCUCGCUGUUACUACCAAUGGCGGCACAGUCUAUACCUAUGUUACAAAGCUGCCGCAGUUGUACGCAGUCUCCGCACCACGUCUGGUCAUACUCAGCAGCCUGGCCGAGGUGUCUAUUUAUGUGUAUGCGCCGGAUAAGUCCAAAGGGCUACCAUUUCGCUUGCCGCUGGAAACAGAACCCAGUUUCUUAGCGCUUGGACCAUAUCAUUUGGCUGCAGGCGUGGACAAGCAUGUGUGGUUCUAUGAUUUGGGUAAAAGCUUGGGCGAUGAGCCACGUCCUUUGAGCGAACGCGACUUACCACAGGAUAUACUCGCUAUGAAACUGAAUGCGGAUUACUGUGCCGCUUUAUGUCCACCGCAGUUGCUGCUGCAGGCCAUUGCAGCGGAUAAUCCCAAGUGCAAGGAUAAGCUGCAAGCAAGCUUUCCCAGCGCGCUGCCCACCAUGCCCAGUGAUGCAGUUAUCAGCUGCUUCGCGCUCAGCCAGGAGCUGCUUAUCUUUGCCACAGAUAUGGGUCACUUGGUAUUCUACUCACUGGAAAAAUGGGACACCUGCUGCAUCUAUCGCCAUAGCAAUGGCAUACGCCAGGUGUUUACGGACCUGGAAGGCACCAAAGUAAUCUUUAUAGAUGAACAUGCUCAAGGAUUUCUUUACCUGCCCGCCCUGGAUCAGGAAGCGCUGCUUAUAGCGGAGCUGCCCAAGCAAUGCAUCGGCUGCCACUGGGACUUAACGCAACCGAAUAUAUUUAUAAGCUUUGAUGCGCGUAUUGUCAAUACGCAUGUCUUUGUACGCCAUUCCGUGCAGGGCAGGCACACGCUUAAAGUGGGCGAGACGAAGCUUAAUCCUGGCCAGCUGCCGUUACUGCUUUGCGCUGGUGAAAUGGCGCUACAUAUCGAUGGUGGUCAGUAUGCUACGCAGUCCUUAAGCACGCAUAUGGUGCAACCCACUCAGAGCCAUAGCGAGAAUCUCAAGCAGUUCCUGCAGCUCAAGAAAUAUGAUGAAGCCUUCAAGCUGUGCGAUCAAAUGAAGAUGGACAGCGCUUGGCGGCUAUUGGGAGAACAGGCAAUAGCUGAUCUGGAGCCGGAUAUGGCUAAACGCGCUUUUCGUCAACUGUCUGAUGCUGCUAUGGUGAAUGCUCUGGAUGAGCUGCGCUAUGUGGAAGAUUUGCAUAUGUUGAGCGGCUGCUGCUGCAUGCUGCUUGGGCAAUACGAUCAGGCCAAGGAGUAUUUACUUAAAGGCACAUAUACGCGUGCUGCCUUGGAGCUCUCACGGGAUUUGCUGCAGUGGGAUCAGGCACUGCUGCUGGCACACAAAUACGAGCCCACCGAGGUGCCUUUCAUAGCGCGUGAAUAUGCGCAGCAGCUGGAAUUCACAGGCAACUAUGCGGAUGCUUUGUAUCACUAUGAGAAGGGCUAUAAGGAGGACUUGAUCAACAAUGAAGACUCUGCAACGCCAAGCUUGCUGCAAAGCUCGCCCGAGUAUGAGGAGCAUGUGCGUCUUUGCAAAAUGGGCAUAGCACGCACGUCUAUAAGAGCGGGGGAUUUUAGAAGAGGGAUCCAAUAUGCCGUGGAGCUGCAGGACAAGCAGCUGCUCUUUGACUGCGCUGAGCUGUUGGCCACUGUGGGUCAUCUCACCGAAGCUGCCGGACUCUACGAGCGCGGUGGCUACUACGACGAGGCUUGUGCUCAUUAUAUUGCAUUGAAAAUGUGGCACAAGGCGAACCAUAUAUUGCCGCAGGUGAAGAGCAGCAAGUUGCAUGCUGCCCAUGCCAAGGCUAAGGAAUCAGAUGGACAGUUUGAGGAAGCCAUACAAAGCUAUCGUAUUGCUGGUGACUUGGAUGCUUGCGUUAGAAUCUAUCUGGAUCACUUGUGUGAUCCGCAUGCUGCCUCCGAAAUUGUGCUGGAGUCACGUUCAAUGGACUCGGCCAAGCUGUUGGCCAAGUUUUAUCAAAAAAUAGGCGACAUCGAGCAGGCGCUGCAAUUUCUGGUCAUUUGCGGCUGCGUAGCGGAGGCCUUCGCCCUCGCCCAGCGCCACAACAAACUGCGGCGUCAUGGCGAGCUGUUGGAGCGCUAUGAGAAUGCCAAGUCAGCGGAUUACUUGGCGCUGGCGCAUUACUUUGAAAGCGAAAAGUAUACGCUGCUGGCGGGCAAAUAUUAUUUUCUGGCGCGUGAGUUUACCAAGGCGCUGCGCUUUCUAUUGAAAGCCUCUGCCUUUAGCAAUGAGGAAUCCCAAGCUCUCUCGCUGGCCAUUGACUGUGUGGCCACAUCCAAUAAUGAGCAGCUUGCUACGCAGCUCAUUGAAUUUCUGCUGGGUGAAUCGGACGGCGUGCCCAAGGAUCCGCGCUAUCUAUUCCGCUUGUAUAUGGCGCGCAAGCAUUUUAAAGAUGCAGCCAAGACUGCCGUCAUUAUUGCCAACCAGGAACAGCUGGCAGGCAACUAUAAAUCCGCGCGUGAUUUGCUUUAUUCCAUGUACCAGGAGUUGAGACGCAAUAAUCUUUCAGUUACCGCAGAAAUGCGCCACAAUUUAAUACUGCUGCAUAGAUAUACGCUGGUGCGCAUUCAUGUCAAGCUGGGGAAUCAUCUGCUGGCUGCCAAGCUGCUGGUGCAAGUAGCCGCCUGCAUAUCGCAGUUCCCAGAGCACAUUGUGCCCAUACUCACCUCAACGGUCAUUGAAUGCCAUCGUGCUGGUCUAAAGAAAUCUGCCUUUACCUAUGCCUCCAUGUUAAUGCGUCCGGAUUAUCGCAAUCAGCUAGAUGCACGUUACACCAAAAAGGUUGAGUCCAUAGUGCGCAAAGCCCCCAAAGGCGUUAAGCAGCUACGCGAUGAAAUAGAUGACGAGACCAUGGAGUGUCCCAUUUGCGAUGCCAAUCUGGCCAACAUGGAGUUUACUUGCUACAGCUGCAAGACCACAUUGCCCAUUUGCAUCGCUACGGGACAGCAUAUAAUCAAAACGCUGAUGACAUCCUGUCCACAAUGCGAUUUCCUUUGCUUUCGCGCCGAAAUGGAAAAAAUUCUCUCAGAGACUGGCGACUGUCCCAUGUGCGGUGAGCAUGUGCCUCCCGAGCAGCUGCUCGAUGUGGAAGACAUACGGCCGUAUAUACUCGCUGCCUCCUAGACUUAAGCAAGACUACAGACUGCACCACACCCUACACCAAAUAAUAAUUUGUAAGCUAAGCACAAUUGACACCUGAAAACAAAUAGUAAAAAAUC